ACUUGGAGCAAACACGCUGGUUUUGUUAAGCUACAGUGCCCUGUAGACUUCCUGAAAUCGUGUUCACAGGCAGGGCCAGAGAAUACAGCCAAGUGUUGCCCCAAUCCGCACAGUGUAAGGCGGGUUGAAGCUCUUCUGGCUGCGGCAGAAAUGUGUUUGGGACUGUACUAGUGGGAUUGGUGUGUGAAUUCUUUAAGGUAAAACAGAUGCAGCUUACUGAAUACCUACUAUGUGCCUGCCCUGCCGGAGAUUUUACUUGAAUUUGUACGUACACUCUUAGGGACCUCAAGUUAGAGAAGCCAGGCUGGCCCCGCCCAAGGUCACGAGACAGCCAGGCUGGCAUCUCUGUAGUCGGAUUCUGGCUUGCUAUUUUAAUACCACAUUAUCUAAAGCCAGUACUAAACUCCCAGACAAGGUGUUUCAGUUGAUGCAUGAAACAGUGAGGAUUGUUACGCCUCUCUGGACACGAGGAAGCCCACUAACAAGGUCUGCGUGGUGGCCUACCUUGGACUGUUCAUGCUUUGUGUCUCAUAUCAAGUUGAUGAGAGAACAUGUGUCCAGUUCUCGAUGAAAGUGCUCUACUUCCUGCUGAGUGCCCUGGGCCUGAUGGUCUGCAUGCUGGCUGUGGCGUUUGCAGCCCACCACUGUUCCCUGCUUGCACAGUUUACCUGUGAGACCUCCCUCGAUUCUUGCCUGUGCAAACUGCCGUCCUCCUUGGAGCCUCUCAGCAGGACCUUUGUUUACCAGGAUGUGGCUGACUGUACCAGCAUCACUGGCACUUUCAAAUUGUUCUUAAUUAUCCAGAUGGUUCUAAACCUGGUCUGUGGCCUUGUGUGCUUGCUGGCUUGCUUUGUGAUGUGGAAACACAGGUACCAGGUCUUUUAUGUGGGUGUGGGGCUACGCUCCCUGAUGACUUCUGAUGGACAACAGCAAAAGACCUAAUAGUUUGGCUGAGGCGUAGAGGCAGAAACAGAACCCUGGCUAGCCAAGGUGAAAAAGACAUUUUUUUAAAGGCAAACUUUUGACACAAAUGCUUAUUCAUUCUCUAAGUGAGUAUUUUUAGAUUUUUCAGAAACAAAAGAACUUUUUGUAGAUAUCUAUUGUACAUUAAAAAAACAUUCUUGUGAGGUCAGGGAUAGAGAGAUGGCUCACAAGUCCUCUUGCAGAGGACAGAGUUCAAGUUCAGUUCCAGAACCCAAGUUGGGUGAAUCACAACUACCUGUACCCCUAGCUCCAGGGGUACUGGGUGCCCACACAUAUGCACACAGGUACAUAAUUUAACAAAACAAAAGCUUUUAAAGUUUUUAUGAGAAACAAGAUUCAAAUUGAUUUCACAAACACUAAAGGGCAAGGAAUAACAGAUGAGGAAUGAAUGACCUAGAUCAAUUGCUUCCUGGUGCUUACUUCUAACACUCUUUCAUCCAUGACUUAUGCAACCUCCUUUCCUAUCCGUCCAGUGUGAUGGUGUGAACUGGCAUCUAAGGCCACUUCCUAGCCUCCAGAUUCUUCUAGCUCCUUCUACCACCUGCCAUUAUCCAUGUGGUAUCUUGGAGAAUGGUAGAGUCUAGGGAAAGAUGAAUCUCUGUGUUGAAUGCUCUAAUUUAUCAUAGUAGAGAUGUCUUUAAGGCAUGAAGUAGCUUUAAAAAACAAGUAGAACAAACACCUGGGUGGGGUGCAGCCUUCUGGCUGCCUUAACUCCACUCCAUGAGUGGGCUGUAGCCUCCCUCCAUGAUUGUCCGCUUCACAUAAUUGAAUGGUAAUGCUGUUGCAUUCUUAACGAUGUAGAAAGUUUAAAAAUAAUUACAUUAUGCCUCUAGUCUAUCAUCUAAAACAAAUCAUUAAGACUAAUUUCCAGUUAAUUGUUCAUUAUAAUUAUGCUGUUUAAUGAGCUCUGGCUGUCCUUAGGCAGUGCUGUUGGUGUUGAGAAAAAUUAUAGCCACAAGGGAAGAUGUCUUAAGAUCCACUCUCCUGGAAGCCAACCACUGCAAAAAAAGAACUUGUAAAACACUAACACUCAGGUUUAAAACACUCUUAGAGAAAAAACAAGAGCAUUUGUCAUAGGAAGCACUUAGACUAAUAGCACAAUUGUGAUGUGUGAUGUGUUGAGGAGUAUCUCUCUUGACAACCAGGUACCUUUGAUGGUGAUUGGGUACCACUGUUGAGUCCUGUCGUAAACUUGGGCUUUCUGUGAAAUCCUAUUAAUGAUGACUUUUACAGUUGACCUAGAGACAGAUGUCUCAAUGCCAUCAUUUGGAAGGUAUGUCCACUGUUAGAGGGUUGAUUUAGUUUGUUAUCAGUUUAGAUUUGACACAGGUACUUUGUUAGGAUAGACUUUGCUGUGUUAUUGUUAUUACUAAAUUCAGAAGAGCAUCUGUGCAUUGAUGAAGGUGCUCACCUGGGAAAUCUACACUGUGUAAAGGCCACCAUGAAUGUCUCUCCUAGUUGGUGUUUUUAAAAGUAGAAGUUCCAGGUCAUGGUUCAGCCAGGUUUGCUCUCUACCCUGACUGUCCAUAUACUUUCCUAGUCACAGCAUUUGCCCUCUGGGAACAUGUGUUCUCCUUGAGAGUCAGUGGAGAGUUCCAUGAUGGUGACAGUGGAGUCAGUCUGUGUGACACACACAUCCCAACUAAAGGAACGUAUUAGGCUAGUCGGCUGGCAGAUUGGCCACUGUAGUUCACUCCAGGUAAAACUAUGUUCUGCCUUGCCCUAAGUCUGCCCCCUCUUGCUUGCUAGCUCAGAUCAGAAAGGCCCAUCGGAGUAUCUAGUGGAUAAAAUCCCACCAAAGGUCUGAUCUCAGCUGUGCAUGAACACAACACUAAGCCUCCAGAUACUGACCUGAAAAACCUUCCGUGUUUGUUAAGAAUAACCAACUCUGGGCUAGGGAAAUGGCUCAGUUAGUCAAGUGCUUGCCACCCCAGUAGGAACUUGAUCCUUAGAACCCAGGUAAAAAGACCAGGUAUAGUGAUAUGUGCUUGUAAUCCUGGCACUGAGGAUGUAGAGACAGGUAGAUCCCUGGGACACCUGGACCAGCCAGCUUUAUUAAUGAUUGAAUUUUAGGUCUCUGGUGAGAGAGUUUGUCUCAAGAAACAAAAGAAACCAAAGUGGACAGCUGACCUCUGGCCUCCACAUAUAUCACAAACACAGUUGCACCUGAACACAUUUGAGGAAUAACCAAAUUCACAUUGAUUUAAGAUAGUUUUCUGUAGAAAUAGUGAAAGGAUUGGCAGUCGGGGCUGUCACAGACUGUGCGUUUAAAGGGAGGUUGUUUUCAUGUCAGUUGCUGUGCACUGGGUACCACUACAGGCACACAGAACAGCAGAACACUUUCCACAGCUUUGACCAGCACACUCAAAAGGUUUUGUGUGUGCCUGCAUGGGGGGGGGAAGAGAGAGAGAGAGAGAGAGAGAGAGAGAGAGAGAGAGAGAGAGAGAAUAUCAAGAUCCCUACACAAUUAGGUUGCUCUGUGUUUUACAAACAACUCACGGGGCAUUUUAAAGAGUACAAUAGUUUUAGUCUGCAGGUUUCUUAUUUUCUAACACAAUCAAGAGUAGGCAUGGUUAAGGUUAUAAUGUUUUGUCUGCAUAGAAUGGGGAUUUUACUAUUAUAUGAUCAAAUUAUUCUUAACUCCCUGAAGAGGAGGACAAAGUUGUAAGUGCAUAGAAGGAGCAAACCAAAUGAAGGGACCCUGUUGCUGAAGGCUCACUGUACACUGGUAUGUGUAAGAACUGUGUUGCAUGAAUAACAAAUGGCAUUGGGUUGGGUUUGAAGUGUUUUGACUUUAUGUUUUGCAAAUAUUGAAGCUGAAGUAAGGCCAACAGAGAAGGAGCAGGCACAGAGCUUCUCACUUAGCAGAAUGUUACACUUCAAAUCUGUCGAAGAGCCAGGAUGCUGACUGUGCCUCCCAAACCCUGAAACAGCAAGCUUUGCACAGCCCCCCUCCCAAGCCUCUUUCGGGAGAAUUAAAUGAAUCAAGAUUUUGCAGAGAAGAGAAGCAGCCUGGACUUGGCAGUACUUGGAAUAGGAAUACAACAAUCCGAAUGUACAGACUGUAACCAAGCCCACUCAACGGGUCUGUGCCUUCACGUGACCAUCGUCUGUGGCUCCCAAGCUCCAUCCAAAUUGGUGUAGGCAGCACCUUGGAGCCAUGCCUAAACCAUAGCUACUCCAAAGCCCUAGAAACUGUAGUCAAGUGGCAGGCCUCGCAUUUCUCCUCCUUUGGAUCGAGAGCUUAAAUAUUCUCUUCUGAGUGCCUUCCAGUGUGUUCCCACAGCAAAAUUCUGUUCUGUGUAUGUUUUGUAUCCAUGUCCAAGGUGGUUUCCUGAUACUCCUUCGCUUGCCUUCUAUGUGCAGCAUACUCUUCUUUAUGAGACUGUGGGAGAGACUAGAGAGAAGCUGCCAGGGGUAUUAGGGAGCAGCUGAGGAGUGGUUACCGAAAGACCAUCAGAAAGGAACACGAAAGCUGUUCAUCAUUUGCAAACAUGAACUGUGUCCUGAUAUUUCCUGGUGACUGUCUCUGAAUCCUUGCUGCAUGAUCAUAUUUGUAUAAAUAUGCCACUGGAUUUUACUCCAGUUAAAAAACCUACAAUGUGCUUUAGCAGUACAGUGUAAAUUUUGUCUGUCUGAUGGCCAAAUGCUUAGUGGCCAAGCCACCGCAAGGAAUUUGUGUCUUCUAAUUUCUUAUCUCAAAUGAGCACUGUCCCUUUCACAACUGUGGGUCUGUGUUCUGGUGCUGCAGUUUCCUUUCCUGGCCUUGAUCAGAUCAGAAGAUGAAGUGUUUCUAUACAUUUGAGGUGGUUGUUUUUUAAGGGGGGUGCAUGUGUUUCCAUUAUUAAUAAACUUUUCAUAAUCCACAAAGACA